UUCUCUGGAUUUUUUUCCUCUCUUUUUCUUUUCUUUUUCCUUUUCUUUUAAGCUACCUUUUCAUAGAUUUUGCCAUGUGGGUUCUCACCUGUACUUAAUGAUCUGUUUGUUCAAUUAAGUGUUAAUGCUUCAGUUUUUGAGUACUUCUUUUGUGGGUUUUUAAUCGGUUUCAAAAGUGUUUUUUGCUACCGUUCUCUUUUCUUAUCUUUUCUUUUUUCCCUGUUUCAAGUUGAAUCUUUCAUUUUAGUAGCUUAUUCAGCUAUAUAUGUGGCCUCCUUAUUAUUGCAAAUUGUCCUAAUAGGAGAAAGAUUUUUGAUUUGGAGAUAGGAAAUUAUUGUACACUCAACCAUGUUGAAGCAAUCACCUAGCAGGAUCCAAAGGACCAAGAUGCUCAAGGUGAAGCAUGUUCUUCAAGUGUUCCUACUAUCCGCGGUUUGCGCAUGGCUUGUUUUCCAAUUGAACCACUCUUACUACAAGAAACAAGAGUUCGGCACGAACAAUGGAGAGAUCUCGAAUGAGGAGUUGGCAAAAUUGGGCAGGAAGGGCCUCUUAUUCGACGAAAAAUUCGGUAGUUUAGAUGAGGCUGUCGACGAGAACGAGGAGGAACUUGAGCUCGAAUAUGAAUUCCGUGAUGGAGAGACGAGGGAAGAAGAAGACGACGAGCAGGAGAUGGAGAGAGGAGAUGAGGGGGACGAACAAGAGGAGGAUAAAGAUAGUCGAGACCGCAAAGAGGAUCCUCAUUUGGAGCACAAAGAUACCCGCGGUAAAGAAGUUGAAGACGGCGGCGACGAGGAAGAUGAGAAGCAGCUAACUAUAUUGGCGAAGUAUGACGAGCGCGAUGGAAAUAAUGAUCCAAAUGUUAAGGCUGAAGAGAUUCCGAUUGCGAAUCAAACUGUCGAGGGCUCUGCUCGUGAUAAGGAAGAAUUAGCUGUCGGUGUGAACAAUACCAAGGGAUCGGUUCAUGGCAAUGAACAAGUGCCUGUUAACUCUAUAGUAGCUGAUACUACAGCCAAAAUUUUUGCUAAACAAAAUUAUAGUGGUAGUUUUGAGUCGACGCAGGAAAAUGCAACUUCCAUCAAGAGUGGAGUUCAUGAUGAAUUGGAGAGUCCCAGCUUGGACAAGCCAAAUGAGAAAUCGAACACAACUCUUUCGCAAGAUGGUUCAGAAAAUCAGUCCGCUUUAGCUACAAACAACAACGGAGAUGCAACCCCUACGGUCGAAGAUGAUCGCACGGAUCGGCCGACGUUACCUGCCGUCGAAAAUGAAGUGAAGAAUGUCAAAGACAAAUCCGCAGAAUGACGGUUUACAUUCACGGGGUCGUUGCGAGGUUUCUAACUCACUGAUGUUAAAGGAUAGGUUUUCAUAUCUUGUUUCUCUAUGUUCUGGUCACGUUGGCAUACUUUUGAGUGAAUGUAAUACUUCUGCUACUAGAGGGUUAUACUACACACAUACUCCCUGCUAUCCCAUAGUUUUGAAGAUUAAGAAAUGUAAGAUGCAAAUAAAGAGCAUCUUUAAGGUCCAAAUAGGUCGUGUUAACAAAGAAAAUGCUGAGACCACGACCUUUUUACUGUUAGUGCAAUUAAUAACAGCUUAUUACAUGCAGAUUUUAUUCUAA